AAAGACAGACAGAAUUUGCAGAGAGACUCUCCGAAUAAAGACUUUUGCAAAUAGAAGUGUUUUCAAAAAGGUGAUGAUCGAUGGUCUCCGCACCGAGGACGGAAUCCUGCUCCCUAAAGGCGCCUUACCCUCUGUCAUCGCAUACGGACCACACUCUGAUAGCAAACUAUUCGACGAACCCGUUAAAUUUGACCCUUUCAGAUUCUCUCAUAUUCGCGAAGACUCAACUUUAGAUGCAAACGAGAAAUCCAAUCUUACGUCUGGAUCCACAGGGCCGAAAUUUCUUCCGUUUGGUGAGAGCACUGAUUGUCCAGGCCGGUUCUUCUUCGUUUUCGAGUUCAAGAUGAUUGUUGCUUACCUGGUUAUGAAUUACGAUGUUGAGCUGCCUAAGGAGCAUGAAGGGAAGAGGCCGGAGAGCAAGUGGAUGGCUGAGUCGAUCUGCCCGUCUAGUGAGGGCAGGCAGACUUAG